AUGCCAUUUAUUCUUUGCUCGCUCAAAGCUUUGUUGUUGGCCCCUCCCACUUCUAACAACCAGCUAGACUGGCCUGACUCUGACUCACACCCUGACUUCAAUUGGUGGCCAUCCGUCUACCGUUAUGUCACCAUCUCCAACUAUCUCGAAUAUCGCACGGUACGCACCUUCAUUUCCUGGCUUACCUUAUCCCAACGACCACGUUGCCAUGACAUCUCCGCAGGAUCCGGACCUGGCAUUUAUCGCAUGUGUGUUGUGACCCUUCCUACUGCAGAAGAUGAGGUGCUCGCCCUUUCAAUGGAUCCUUCUCACAGCCUUCUUCGUGAAGGCGAUUUUACAUCUCUUUGA